UCCAAAGUCAGUUCUAGAUUUUCUCUUAGCUCUUACAGACUGUUAAUUAGUGAUCUAGAAAGUACAACCAUUCACCGAACGCUUAGUGAGUUCUUGUAUUUGAUAGGAGUAUAUUUUUAGAUCUAAAAAAAUAACGCCAAUCGGAUGAAAAAGUUCAUCGAUCAGGGAGCGGUGUAGCUUCUGGAUGCACCAAAUGGCACCUUAAAUCUUUAGAACUGACAUAAAGACGUUUUCAAAACUUAACAGACCUAUUGAGUGCACAUUGCAAUUUGUUAACGAAAAAAUAAGUAAGAAGGUACAAGAACGAAGAAAAAAAUGGUUGCAUAUUGUAUCAUUUGUAAAAUAGGAGGAGGAGAAGAAGAUGAUGUAUCCUUUCAUAGUUGGUAUGUGUUUUUAAGGCUGCCAAGGGAUGAAAAGACUAGAGCAAAUUGGUUUGCGUUUAUUGGUUAUAAGACAGGUCCGUAUACUGAAAUUUGUAGCAAACACUUCCAAGAAUCUGACUUUAUUUAUAAAGUACAUGGCGAUGGUGUUAGAAGAUUUCUUAAACCAGGAAUUUACCCCACUAUAUCACGACCUUUACAAAGUAACAAAGAAAAUAUCGAAACUUUCGCUAGUGAAAAUGCUAACGACUGUGCAUCAACCAUACAUGAUGAUAUUACAAGUACUAUUGAUGCAAAUAUAAAAUUAGAAGAUGAAAAACCUAUAAAGAUUGAAAAUGUUAUAAUGGAUGAAGCUGUGCCGAUAGUUAACAUCCCUUUAAACAGAUCAACUAUACACGAUGAUACAACAAGUGAUAUUAUUCCAAAUGCAAAUAUAAAAUUAGAAGAUGAAAAAUCCGUGAAGAUUGAAAACGUUAUAAUAGAUGAAGAAGCUCCAAUGGUUAACACUUCUUUAAACAGAUCGACCAUAGACGAUGAUACUAUAAGUGAUAUUAUCCUAAAUACAAAUGUAAAAUUAGAAGAUAAAGAAUUCAUAAAGUUUGAAAACGUUAUAAUAGAUGAGGAAGUUCCAAUGGUUAACACUCCUUUAAACAGAAUGUUUACAGGAAACAAAAAAAGUAAUCGAUUUAAAAACGAAUUAACGGACUCCGAAUAUGACGAGAAUUUCGAAAAUGAAAAUAAUUUCAAUCUGCGUAAAAGACGAAGAACAAAUGUAAUGCAUAGCAGUUCAGAAUCGGAAACAGAAUUAAUUGAAGGAUCCAAUGAUACGAAUUGUGAUAUAACAUGGACGAAAAAGAUUUUUGUACCAAAAAUUCAUCAGUUUACAUCAGAAAAUUCGGGAAUCGCUAAACAAAUAUGCAGAUCAUCAAAAAUCAUCGAUUACUUUCAAUUAUUUAUAUCUGAAGAGCUCGUAGAAAUAAUUGUAAAUGAGACGAACUAUCAUUGGGCUCGACAAAAUAAUAACAACGUGAAUACUCUCGAAACAACGGCGCUAAACGAAUUGUACUGUUUCUUCGCCAUGUCGUUACUGAUGACACGCAACAAAAAUCUAUCACUAAAAGAGUACUGGAGCACAGAUAAUUUUCUACGGAACGAUAUUUUUAGAACAAUAAUGACCAGAGACCGUUACUUUCUGCUGUUACGAAUGAUACAUUUCUUGCAUAAACCUGGACGCAUUGGUGAUCGCCUAACAAAAAUAAUAAACAUAAUCGAUAUGCUGCGAAAAUCAUUCAAUGCAGCAUUUCAGCCUUAUCAAAAACUCUGUAUAGACGAUAGUUUAUUUUUAUACAAAGACCGCCUAUCUUUCAAGCAGUAUAUUCCGUCAGAAAGAAACAGAUUUGGCUUAAAGUCGUUUAUUCUUUGCGAUUGUAAAACCGGAUAUGUGCAAGACAUAAUAGUUUAUGCUGGAUCAUCUACAAUUCCGGAUAGUGAAAUCAAGGAAAUUGGAAAAUCGGGAGCAAUCGUUUUAGCACUUUUGAAGCCGUAUUUAGGAAAGGGCCAUACCCUUUACGUGGAUAGUUUUUAUUCGAGUCCAGCAUUAUUUAACUUAUUAUACAGCAAGUGUACAAAUGCAUGCGGGACUGUAAGAAAAAGACGACGAGGAAUGCCAAGGAUUGAUGAUCAAUUGAAAAAAGGAGAGGUAUCUUUUCGCUCUUCGAAAAAUUUGUUAGCCUUGAAAUGGAUAGACAAGGAAGAAGUCUAUAUUAUUUCAACUAUGCAUACUGCAGAUUUCACGACAAUAUCCAGAUACGGAGGAAAACAGAUUCUGCAAAAGCCUGUAUGUGUUGCGGAUUACAGUAAUUCAAUGGGUAUAGGAGAUAAAGUGGAUAUGGUAAUAAGUACUGUCGAUUCAACGCGUAAAUCGUUGAAAUGGUACCGGGAUUUUUUUUUCCAUCUAAUUGACAUUUGUGUGUGGAAUGCGUAUUGUCUUUAUAAGCACAAAAAUAAUGAAACCAUAUCCAUGGCAAAGUUUCAAUUGCAAUUGAUAAAGGAAAUAAUCGAUAAGUAUCAUCACGAUUAUAUCAAAAAUCAAAGAAGAGAUACUGAUAAUCCCAUGAGGUUAACAGAGAGGCAUUUUCCCUCAUUGUAUACGAGUAUGCCAAGAGGAAAGAACCGGAGCCGAAGAUGUGUAGUUUGUAGCAAACAUGACAAAAGAUCGGAAUCAAGAUAUGAAUGUAAAGAUUGUAAUGUUGGUUUAUGUAUAGAUCCUUGUUUUAGAAUAUACCACACCCAAUUACAUUACUAGCCGUUAUACGUAUAUUAAUAUAUUAUCUAAUUUGUGUUUCCUACUAAUUGUAAUAAACGAUUAUUCGUAUUGUCUGUAAGAAUAUAAAUAUCUAUCUAAAAAUAUGUGAACUGUAAUUCUUCUAGUGUUACUUAUAUAAUUGAUAGAAUUGUAUAUAAAUGUCUUUUAAUAUUAAAACUAUAAACGACACUUGUUAGAAGAAACAUUGUUUUAUCAAGCACAGCUCAUAUUUAACGCUUAGGAAAAUCUUCAUACAAAAGAGGACUGACCAUGCGCUAUAUGUGCAUUUUCGGAGAGGCGCCUCGUACAGCGGGAUUGUCACGGCGGACAGAGCGCUCGUACCGAAACGGUUAAGCCACAUAACCUUAAAAAUCAGCAGUAAACAUCAUGACCUACGAUAAAAAACAUAUUCGACACUGCAUGGGUUUUGCGUUUAAUCUCUAAUAAAAACGCUCCCGAGGCAGCCAAAAUAAUUUGUACCGCUUACGGAGAAGGCGCAGUGAGUGAAAGAAUACGCAGAAAAUGGUUUAGUUAUUUUCAAGACGGUGAUUUCAGUGUUGAUGAUCAACCACGUACUGGGCAGCCUCGCAAGUUUGGAAACAAUGAACUGCAGGCGCUAUUCGAGGAGAACCUGGCUCAAACACAG